AUGAGGCUGACUGAAUUCGAGACUGUGGCACUCACUAAGGAAUAUAGCUCAAGAAUUCGAAGCAAGCUACCUCAUAAAUUAAAGGAUCCAGGUAGUUUCACUAUCCAAAUCUCGAUUGGUAAGCAUGCAGUCGGUCGAGCUUUAUGUGAUCUUGGAGCGAGCAUCAAUUUGAUGCCACUAUCUGUAUUUAGACAGUUGGGGUUGGGUGCGCCACGCCCAACAACGGUAAUCCUACAGUUGGAUGAUCACUCCCUUGCUCAUUUUGAAGGAGUGAUUGAAGAUGUGUUAGUUCAAGUGGGUUCUUUUAUAUUCCCUACUGAUUUCAUUAUCUUGGACUACGAGCCUGAUCAGGAAGCCCUAUUUAUUUCGGGGCGUCCAUUCUUGGCCACAGGCUGA